AUGCCUCUGUAUGCCCAUGCCUUGGCAUGUGCUUUCGGUCUGGGCUCCUGGGUGUCCAUCAAUGGCUUGUGGGUGGAGCUUCCUCUAAUAGUCAAUGUUCUGCCGGAGGGUUGGGAUUUACCCUCGUACCUCACAGUCAUCAUUCAGCUUGCCAACUUAGGUCCUCUGCUGGUGACCCUGGCACACAAAUUCUGUCCCGGGCGACUACGUGAAAAUCUGGUCAUCUAUGCGGUCUUGUCAGUUGGUGUUGUAGCUUGUGUCUUGCUUGCUGUGUUUUGGAAGAACACCACCGUGAUCCUCGGGCAACCUCAUAGCACAGCAUUUUUCAUUCUCACAUUUUUUCUCGCUCUAGUUGACUGCACCUCAUCCGUCACCUUCCUGCCAUUCAUGAUGCAACUUCCGGCCAAAUACAUCACCACAUACUUCAUUGGAGAAGGGCUGAGUGGUCUGGUUCCAGGGCUGGUGGCGCUGGCACAAGGAGUCGGGAUGUCGAAAUGCGUCAAUGUGUCGCACGUGUCGGAUAACCUUACUGAGCCCGAACCCUCAACCUUCAUCAUGGAGACACAGUACCUCCCUCCUAAUUUCUCCACUGAGAUUUUCUUCUCCUUCCUGGCCUUAAUGACAGCAAUAAGCCUGGGUUCCUUCAUCAUAUUAAACCGUCAGCCUCGUACAUUUGAACUAUCCACUGAAAAUCUCGUCCAAGACUCAGAUGCUGUCGCAACAGUAUGCAGGGGUUUGGAGGGCCCCAUGGACCCCAAUCCAAAGACAUACAGUCCAGAAGAAGAGGAAAAACUGAGAAACAUAGUUCUGCUUCCUAAACCACUGCACUCCAGCUAUCAGCUGGCGUUUAUCUAUUUCAUGGUUCUGUGGGUGAACGGUGCAACAAACGGACUGCUGCCCUCAGUGCAGACGUUCUCCUGUAUGCCUUAUGGAAAUAUGGCCUAUCACCUGUCAGCUGCUCUGUCGGCGGUAGCCAAUCCAGUGGCCUGCAUCAUUGCCAUGUUUUUCCCUAUAUGUUCAUUAGUAUUUCUGGGCGUCCUGUGUCUGCUGGGCUCUGUUUUUGGAGGUUACAUUAUGGCCAUGGCUGCCAUGAGUCCCUGCCCAUUACUCCAAGAUACACCUUUAGGGGAUGCUAUUAUAGUUUUGUCCUGGGUGUUCUUCACUGGUCUGCUGUCCUAUGUGAAGGUGAUGGUGGGUGUGAUUCUGAGGGACCGGAGUCACAGCGCCCUCGUUUGGUGUGGAGCAGCAGUUCAAGCAGGCUCUUUGUUGGGCUCCGUUAUUAUGUUUCCCCUGGUUAACAUCUAUCACCUCUUCCAAUUGGGAGACAUUUGCAACACAAUAUGCCCAUUUUAA